UCAGCCACCUCCAUCUCUCACUCGCCGACAUCUCCUUCUUAGACUCCAACUACCACCACUUGGCCUGUCUAUCGCCACCGCCUCACCCUAUCCCACUACAAAGUAUGGCUUUCUUGGAUAUGUCAUCUCCUACCGUUCUCGGUUCCACUGUCCUGCUGGCCGUGUUACUCCGCUACUAUGUCCUGCGCAGGAAAACCGACUUGGACGUCCUACCAUGCCCGCCCUCCGACGAGGCUACUCUCUUUUACGGACACGAGAAGAAAGUGUUUGACAAUGAGUCAAACGAGAUGUACAUGAAGUGGAUGUCCGCUCUUGGAUCUUUCUACAAGAUAAAGGCUGCCUUGUUCCAUGAGGACGUUAUCGUCGCCGGUGACAACGCAGCUGUUGCGCACAUCUUUCAGUACUGCGACAACUACGUGAAGAGUCCUAUCUUCAGACCUCCGAUUGCAAAUCUCCUCGGGAGAGGAUUAGUCUGGGCCGAAGGUGAUGAUCACAAACUGCAGAGACGGAUUUUGGCUCCGGCGUUCUCACAGGAGAACGUCAAGGGUAUGGCAGAUGAUAUAUUCGAGAGCGCUGAGCGGCUUGAGACCCGCUUGACUAACCAAGUUCUUGCCAAUAAUGGAGGCGCCACUGUCAACAUCGUCGAACAGACCUCUUCCUGCACCCUCGACAUCAUCGGACGCGUCGCAUUCGGUCAUGACUUUGGUUCAGGCGAAUCCGCCGAGGCUAAAGAGAUCGCCAGCGCCUGGCAUAACCACGUGAACAUGGGUCUCACCUACUCCGGCUUCAUCGCACCGCUCCUCGUACGCACCUUCCCCUGGAUCGUGAAGCUGCCGAUCCCGGCGCUGCAGGCUCAGGGGACGACGAAGAUGAUCGUGGACAGGCUGACGAAGAGGAUCAUCGAGAAGGGAGUGGUGAACGAGAAGGGGAGGGACAUCUUGAGUUUGUUGAUGAUGGCCAACAGGGACGCGAAGGAGGGGAAUAAGUUGACCGAUGAGCAGUUGGUGGCGAAUGUUAACACUUUUAUUAUGGUCGGCCAUGAAACUACUGCAGGCUCCGUCGCCCUCACUACCUAUGCUCUCGCCCGCAACCCUGAGAUGCAGCAGAAACUCCGUGAUGAGCUUAUCUCCGCUGGUGAUAUCACCUACGAGAGCAUCCAGAAACUCGAGUACCUCGACGCCAUCGUGAAGGAAGGUCUCCGCGUGUACCCCGCCUCGCCACACACUGAGCGCAUCAACCUUGAAGACGACGUGAUCCCGCUAAGCAAGCCCAUCACCACCACCGACGGUCGUAAGAUUACCUCCUACCACGCAAAAGCCGGCACGAUCUUCCAUAUUCCGUUUACCGCCAUGAACGUCAACCCUGAAGUGUGGGGCGAAGACGCACAUAUCUUUAAGCCCGAACGUUGGAUCAUCCCUGGCGGCGUGCCUCAGCCUAGUGAACUCCCUCACGGAUGGAGCGGUCUCGUUACCUUCUGCGACGGGCCCAGGAACUGCAUUGGCUGGCGACUUGCUGUACUGGAGUUCAAGGUUCUCAUUGCUACGCUCUUCCGCUCGCUCGAGUUCCAGGCUACGACGGCAGACGUGAAACAAAUGAUCUCGCCUACGCUGCAAGCUGUCGUGGAUGACAAGGGCGGAUUCUUGCCUCUGCACAUCACGCUCGCGCAGCACUAAGUUAGGUGCUGCUCGACUCCCUUGUUCUA